AUGGAUUACACGGUGUCCUCGACGGACACAUUGGAGAGGAUUGCAGCCGCACAUGAUUGCACAGUGGGAGAGUUGAUGAAAUUGAAUCGAAUGGCCAGCCGAAUGGUUUUCCCAGGACAAAAGAUUGUUGUACCGAAUCCAAUGUCGGAUGAUGUCUUCGAUUCGAUUCAAAGUGGAACCCAUUUACCAGUCGGCAUCUCUGGAGCACAGGCUGCAGCUGAUGGAAUUCGAAAGGGUCCAGGCGGGGCAAUUCCAUCAACACAUCGAGGGAAUCUCUUGAAAACGCAAAGUGCUCCCGUUAAAACGAAUUCCCUCGAUGAACAAGUGGACAGCGAUUGUUUACAACGGUUUCUCAAAAUCAAGGUAAAACAGCUAACGGAAUCGGAUGGAACGGUGACAGGAACUCUGCUGGUGACACCAAAUUGUUUGAUGUUUGAUCCGGAUGUCUCGCAUCCAUUGGUCAGAGAGAAUGGCCCAGAUCUUUAUGGAAUGGUUGCAAAUAUGGAAGAUAUCAUGGCCGUUUCGGUUUACAAAGAUGUUGGCGCGUUGAUGGGUGAUAAAUCCGAUAAAAGAAGAGACAUUUUUCGGCCUGAUCUAUCGAAAACAUCAUUAGAAAAUGAGCAAUCUCUGGAAAGUGACAGUCAAUCGUGUUUGGAGAAGAGCUUGGAAAAGUCGGAUAGUCGUCAAGAAGAUAAAGAAACACAACCAGUUACUUUUUCUACAUCAUUAGAAGGAUCUGAUAUCGAGAAUGGAAGCUACGAAUCAGCUUCCGAUGAAUUUGCUCCUCGUUCGCCGAGAAUCAGCACAGAAAUGCAACUUCCAUCGAUUACUGAAGAACGAGGAGGUGGUGGUGGGAAAGAGUCGCCACAGAUCUCCUCUCCCGUCAUCGAUGAUCUUCCCCGAAAAAGGAGUAUCAGUGAUGGAGAUGAAUCGAAAAGAUCGCUGGAAGAAGGAACAAAAGGGAAAGCCGAUUUACAAGCAUCGCAAAGUUUUGGGAGUAGGUACUCUCCACAGGCAGCGCGCCGCUCCUUCGGGAAAUUGGGGCGCACGCUGAGUGCCAAAGCAAAAAGCGGAGUUCAAACAAUGGCAAAAGGAGCGGAAAGUGUUGCGGCGAGUGCGGCAAGAGGGACAAAAACUGUGGCACAUGGAGUUGUCUCGCAUACGAAGAGUGCUGCUGACACUCUUCAAACCGGCAUUCAAACAUCGGCAAAAGUGGUGGGAGAAAGCGCAAAAGCGGCAGCUGACAAAGUGGCACAACUUCCCGAGAAUAUCGUGUCAAAAGGUUCCGAGUUGAUUGCUGAUGGAGUGAAUGGAGUGAGCGGCUUUUUCAAUGUCGAAGGACAACAAGAACAACGAACGCCUCAACAAAUGAAAAGAGAACAAUCGCUGGCUACGCUUGAGGGAUUAAAACAAAAAACAGCUGUUGCAAGAGAGCAAGCGGUGACAAAGGCAAAGGAUCAACCGACAUUUCUGUGUGCAAUGGAGGCGAAUGAGCGAAAGGAUCUCUUCGUGACUGUCGAUCAACUACUGAACAAAAAUUCUCGAAGCGAAUCCGAGACGGACACCUCAUCGCAGUCAACCGAUCUUCCCACAUCUCCAAUUAUGCCUUUCUUCAUGGCUGUGAGGUUGACGAGGAAAAGAAUAAAGAAAGGAAAAUCGACUCGACCCUCGACAAACAGCUCAAUCUCAUCUUAUGACGAGGAUUGUGCUUUUGGAAAUCGAUUGAAACGCGAGUUUUGGUUCACGAUUCCGAGAAAUAAAGCUGAUUCGAUAUACGGUUUUCUCUUGCAGUGGUCUCCCGAGAAAUACGGACAGGAUACGACUCAACAACAAGCAAGCACACAGCAAGAAGAUCAGCACAUAAACAUCGUAUCGAACGAUCCAAUUCGCGGCUUUAUCGUGCUCGAUUCCGAGAGUGACGACGCUUUGUCAGGU